UAAACAAACAUUAACCGGCAAAUCUGAACGUUUUUUCUUUUCGUUUUUGUAUCCUUAAGAGAGAAGAGAAGAAAAGAAAAGAGAUAAAUUCAUUAAGAAAGAUAAAAAAAGGUGAUAAAUUUGGAGUAAUUGUGAAUGAGAUUGUAAAGGGUAACCAAAACAAAGGAAAGUUCAAUCAGAUCUAAUUUGUAGCAAAAAAAAAAUUGUUAUUGGAUUCGAGUAUGGCUACAGAGAUCAGAAGCAGUACUGUGAAGCUCAAAUCAAGUGGCCCAGAUGGCUCUUCCAAGGGAAAGAUUGAUUCUUCAGCUGUUAAGAGGAAAGUGGACAGCUCAACCAAGCGCCCACCUGAUUCUAAGAUGAAAUCUGUCACAACUGUGACAAAAUCUGAGGUUAAAUCAAAAUCAACAUUAUCAUCUUCAAAGACAAUAACAAAGACAGCUACUACAAAAGUGAGAGAGAGGAAAGUCUACAGUUUGCCUGGGCAGAAACAUGAUCCUCCAGAACAGAAAGAACCCCUCAGGAUUUUCUAUGAGUCAUUAUCAAAACAGAUACCAACAAGUGAAAUGGCAGAAUUUUGGUUAAUGGAACAUGGCAUGCUGUCUCCUGAAAGAGCUAGGAAAGCAUUUGAGAAGAAGCAGAGGAAGCAAAAGGGGCUACGUACUGGAACUCCUGUUAAGACAUCAAAGCCACCCGCUAAAACUGAAACUUCCAAGAAGCAACAACAGGCAUCGAAAAAUGGUGAUAUUAAAGCCAAGAAAAGAAUUGUCGAGAGUGAUGAAGAUGAUGAUGAUGAUUUCAUUUUAAGUCAUAAAAGAAGAAGAGGGUAGUAAGAAGGAAACCUUCAUAAUGGCUAUAGCAGAUUUUGAAAUUGCUUCAUAAAACUUGUUUAUUUAACUUGAGGAAAAAAGGAAAAAAAAAAUGUGAAAUGACAAAUUAAGAAGAAGAAAUUUGUCAGGCAACCUAACAAUAGUUAGAUGAAGACAUUCUUUAUGUUUCUAACUUAAUGAGACAAUAAGGAACAUACAAUUUAUAUUACUUUGGCAAUUUGUAUGAUGCUAUUGAACUGCCUUUCUAUAUUACAUGAAAUUUCUGAGCA